AUGACUAAUGAGCUUUCAUCAGUCAAGCUGGCCAGCAGCUACGUGGCCUUUUUGGCCGCUCCUAUAAAAGCCUUUGGUGGCAAUGCCGCGUCAGUUCUUCAGUACGAAAUGGAGCCACAGCCCAACGCGCCGCCUUUAUACCCAGAUAUGCAGGCCAGUUUCAUGCCUAGUGGCAAGUCUGCUGACAAAUAUUUGACUAUUGUGCCAACUGCUCCUGGUAAGGAUCUGGGACCUGUGCUUGCACAGCCACAACCUCAGCCGGUCAUUGUGCUACAGUCGAAUGCCCAGCCGCAAUUGGGGCAUGUGUCGCAGCGUCUGGUCUGUCCACAUUGCAACACCACGGUGAUGACACGCCUGGAGCAUCGGGUGACGAAGCGCACGCACGCCUUCUCUUUUGCGCUCUGCAUAACCGGUUUGAUUUGCUUGGUGCCGUUGCCAUACUGCAUGGAUACUUGCAAGAGUCUAGAUCAUUAUUGCUCCUAUUGCAAUCAGUUUAUUGGCAAAUCUGUUUCCUAG